AUGAAUUCCACCACAAAGUUUCAGCAAAAUGCAUUGCGAAACAUCAUCGGGCUCUCCAUAGUUCUCUCCAUGGGCUUUCUCCUCAUCAUCCUUGCCGGAAUCUAUGGCAAUUGGUUCCCCAUCAUCAUUGGCAUCAUCUUUGCGGUGGCACAUCUUCCUGUAGCGAUCACACGGACUUUGACAGAAAAUGGCGAUUAUGACUUCAAUUUUGAGCCUUCACAGUCUUCGGUAGGCAACAUGUGGAAAGAGAUAGGGCAAUUCUUAUCGGCACUGUUGGUGGUGUCUGGUUUCUACUUGCCGGUUUUAUUGCAUCAUUCGCAUAUUUUAACGAGAAUAGCAAUGGUGUUGACGAUAAUUGGAGGUGGAUUGAUAUAUGGAACCGUGUACACUUUCAGCCUGUACUUUGAAGAGCCGCAAGAAGACGAUGAUUUGCCUGACCUUGGAGGUGGUGUCAUCUAG